AUGCCAGAGGUUGCAGAAGUUUCACAUGUGUGUGCGUUGUUAAAACGAAACAUUUUGGGCUUUCGAAUCACGAAAGUGAAUUUGUUACAUGAUCCAUUGCUAUUCCCUGUGCUUAAAAAUACGAAUGAUGCUGAAAAAGAAUUGAAUAAGAUGAGAAAAGUCUUAACAAAUGCAGUUGUUACUUCAGUGGGUCGUCAUGGCAAGUAUUUUUGGAUUAGACUAAACAACCACAAUACAACUAACGUCUUGCUUAUGCAUUUCGGAAUGACUGGAAUGAUCAAGUUACGAAAUGUUCACUCGCAUUUAGCAUUUAUGGAAAAUGGCGGUGAUAAAAAGGCUUUGGAGAAGCUAGAGAGGUUUAGAUAUAAAGACAGUAGAAUUAAACCAGACGUCGAAGUCAAGCAAGAGUGGCCCCCAAGGUUUACAAAGUUUAAUAUGGAAUUGGAAAACAAUGACAAAAAACUAGAGUUUGCAUUUUCCGAUCCAAGAAGAUUAGCCAGGGUUCGACUACUCUCUGGUUUGGAAGUAAGCACUGACGAGAGUUUGUUGAAAUUGAGUCCUUUGAAUGCCCUAGGUCCCGAUUACAGUAAGCCUGAAGUACCGCCAAAAGAACUGGAACCCUUUGUAUUUGGAGAUCCUGAUUCAGAUAACCAUGGUCGUGCCAGAUUGUCUAUUGAUGAGUUUAGUGCUCUUAUCUUGUCGAAAAAGAAACCAAUAAAGAGUCUCCUUUUGGAUCAGACCUACUUUGCUGGGGUUGGAAAUUGGGUGGCUGAUGAAGUUUUAUUUCAAGCUCACAUUCAUCCAAAUGAAAUACUUUCAAGUAAAAUCUCUAAAGAUUUGGAGUAUGUGCAUCCUGUUAUACAGCAGUUGUAUGAUUCAUUAAUCUAUGUGUGUGAGGAAGCUGUUCGAGUUGAAGGUGAUGUGGCAAAGUUUCCGGACGACUGGUUAAUGUUGCAUCGAUGGGGAAAAGGUAGAAAAGAAAAAAGAAAAACACCAAAUGGGUAUAUUUUAGACCACAUUACAGUUGGGGGGAGAACAAGUUGUUAUUGUCCAGAGUUACAGAGGCUAAUAAAAGUAGAGACAGCAACAACAACUAAACGAAGAAAAGUCAAAAGAUAG